AUGUCUGACAACGAUUACUACAUUGUUGUCGUUUAUCCACGUUUAUCCUCUUGGCUGGCUGGUGGAGAAUGUGUAAACAAUGUCAGUCAGGUUUGCCAAAAAAAUCGUUCAUUUUCAUCAGCAUCGGCUAGCGGCGGCAAACCAUCUCUGGACAAUCGACAACAUUUAAUGGAAUUGGACGAAGGUGAACUCUUUAUGGAAUUGAUACGUGAUGUUGCCAAUGAAUUGGAUAUUGAUGUGCUGUGCCAUAAAAUACUGGUGAAUGUGGGUCUGCUCACACACGCAGAUCGUGGCUCAUUGUUUUUGGCCAAGGGGACACCCAACAAUCGAUAUCUGGUGGCGAAACUAUUCGAUGUUACACAAACGACACCUCUCAAAGAUGCUGUGAAGAAGGCACGCUCAGAAGAAAUAGUCAUACCCUUUGGUGUGGGCAUCGCCGGUAUGGUCGCCCAGACCAAAGAGAUGAUCAACAUUAAGGAGGCCUAUAAAGAUGCUCGUUUCAAUUGUGAAAUAGAUUUGAAGACUGGCUAUAAAACAAAUACGAUACUCUCAAUGCCCAUUUGCAAUUAUGAGGGUGAUAUUAUAGGGGUGGCACAAAUUAUAAAUAAAACCGAUGGAUCUCUGGAAUUCGAUGAACAUGAUGUGGAAAUAUUUCGUCGAUAUUUGACGUUCUGUGGUAUUGGUAUACAAAAUGCUCAAUUGUUUGAAAUGUCCGUCCAGGAAUAUCGUCGUAAUCAAAUCUUAUUGAAUUUGGCGCGAAGUAUAUUCGAGGAGCAGAAUAAUUUGGAAUGUCUGGUGACGAAAAUAAUGACUGAGGCACGAGUGCUGCUGAAAUGUGAACGGUGUUCGGUAUUUCUAGUCGAUUUGGAUUGUUGUGAGGCGAGCCACUUAGAAAAAAUCAUAGAGAAACCUAAUGAAGUGCAAAGGAGAUUAAGUCGCAGUAGAUAUAGUAGUGAUAGUUUGGAUGAUAAGCAGAAAACCAACAACCGUUUUACGGUUCUCUUCGAAUUGGGCGCAGCUAAUCAAUCGGCAAAUAUUUCCCGCCCCACUGGCAAUGAUUUAAGCAAUUCCACCCUGGCUCAAAUUGCCCAAUUUGUGGCGACCACCGGUCAAACGGUAAAUAUAGCCGAUGUUAGGGAGUGGGUGCAGGAGCAUAAUCAAAUUACGGCAGAAAAUGAAAUUGAUUGCAUCAAGGCCAUAUUGUGCAUGCCCAUUGUCAAUGCUCAAAAACGGGUGAUUGGUGUGGCCCAGCUAAUCAACAAGACUAAUGGCAUGCCUUUUACCGAUUGUGAUGCUUCCAUCUUUGAAGCAUUUGCCAUCUUCUGUGGUCUGGGCAUACACAAUACGCAAAUGUAUGAGAAUGCCUGUAAGCUAAUGGCCAAACAAAAGGUAGCCUUGGAAUGUUUGUCAUAUCAUGCAACAGCGCCACAGGAUCAAACCGAUCGUUUGGUUCAGGAUACCAUUGAAACUGCAGAGUCGUAUAAUUUGUAUAGCUUUAAGUUUAUUGAUUUUGAUUUGUGUGAUGAUGACACUUGUCGUGCUGUGGUCCGUAUGUUCCUGCAAUGUAAUCUAGUUCAAAUGUUUCAAAUACCCUACGAUGUGCUGUGUCGUUGGGUGCUGAGUGUACGCAAAAAUUACCGUCCCGUCAAAUAUCACAAUUGGCGUCAUGCUCUCAAUGUGGCCCAGACAAUGUUCGCAAUGAUGAAAACGGGUCGCAUGGAACGUUUUAUGAAGGACUUGGAAAUUUUCGGCUUGUUAGUGGCAUGUUUAUGCCACGAUUUAGAUCAUCGUGGAACGAAUAAUGCCUUCCAGACAAAGACGGAAUCACCUUUGGCUAUAUUGUAUACAACGAGUACAAUGGAACAUCACCAUUUUGAUCAGUGUGUAAUGAUUUUGAAUUCGGAGGGUAAUAAUAUUUUUCAGGCUCUAUCACCAGAAGACUACCGACAUGUUAUGAAAAUCGUGGAGAAUGCAAUUUUAUCCACAGAUCUUGCCGUUUACUUUAAGAAACGUAAUGCCUUCUUGGAGGUGGUGGAAAGUGGUGAAUUCGAUUGGCAAAGUGAAGACAAAAAGGAUUUAUUAUGCGGUAUGAUGAUGACAGCUUGUGAUGUCAGUGCUAUUGCCAAGCCAUGGGAGGUGCAGCAUCGGGUGGCCAAGCUAGUGGCUGAUGAAUUUUUCGAUCAAGGAGAUUUGGAAAAACUGCAAUUGAAUACACAACCCGUGGCAAUGAUGGAUAGGGACCGCAAAGAUGAGUUACCCAAAAUGCAAGUCGGAUUCAUUGAUGUCAUCUGUUUGCCCCUCUACAAAGUGUUGUGUGAUACAUUCCCCUGGAUAACGCCCUUGUAUGAAGGUACCUUGGAAAAUCGUCGUAAUUGGCAGGAUUUGGCUGAAAAAGUAGAAAUGGGUUUGACAUGGAUUGAUCAUGAUACCAUCGAUAAGCCAGUAGAGGAAUUUGCAGCCUGCAAUGACGAAGAAAUCAAAGACAUUGAAUUCACUGUAACCACACUAAAUUGUCAUCAGCAGCAUAGUGAUGAUACCUCAACACCCGAACAUCAACGUGGCAUUUCUCGUUUGAGUAUCAAGAAAACCGGUGCCCUCGGCAAGGCAGUAAAAUCAAAAUUAACCAAAACUUUAUACAACAGUAUGGACGGUUCAAAACCAAAAACAUCGCUGAAACUCUUAGAGACACAUGCCAGUGAAGAUUUAGAAGAUAAAAGUCCUACCAGCCCAUCACAACCCACAGGUCCUGCAGGUUCAACUGGUCAAAUGUCGGCAUCUUCAUCGAUAUCAUCAUCCUGCACAACAAAUUCCAUCACCGACAAAAACAAGAAACGUUCCAAACUUUGUGCCCUUUUGUGACGUAAACCUUCCAAUUAGAAUCUAAAGUAA